UACGGUCACUCUAAUCGAACGGAACGAAAUUGCUUUAUCGCGGACCGUCGCGUUUUACGUUGGAAUCGCGCCUCAAUCAAAUUCACCUUAAAAGGCAAGCCCCAAGCGGUUGAUUACGAUUUUCAUUCGCUCUUAUCAAGAAUAACUGGAUUAAAUCGACACAAACGCCCCCGCCAGGCGCUCCACCUCUUGUCUGCUCUGCGCGCGUCGCUUUUUUACCUGCAGCGCAGUCGCGACAGCUGGAAAUUAGUAAAGAAAACCGGGGAGAAAAAGUGCAAAUUGGUUUAAACAAAACGAGAGAAAAAAGGAGUUACGAUCGGUCGAUCAGUUAUUUAUAUAACGCCAGCGCCAACAACCAAGCAAACCAGUUAUUAGAUGUUUUUGUGAAAAGUGUGAAACAAAUUCUCGGCUCAUACCUGCACACAAAACAAACACAUCGCCAUAGUUCCUAUUCCGAUCCGAUCAGGUUCUUGAAAUCACCAGAAGAGAUCCCCACAACAAUAUGCAAAACUGAGCCGAGUGUGUUUUUCGUGCGGAAAUCGUGGAGUGCCGAAUAGUGUCGACCGAAAGAGGAAAAUUAUAGAGUUAACAAUAAUAAUAUCCUGGUGUGUGGAUCAACUUGCUUAUAUAUACACACACACCCGUGCGCUCGUACUGGAAGAGGUAUAAAAAACAAAGGAGGAGAAAAGCGGCAAGAUGAAUAAGACCUGUGCGCGUUGCCAAAAGGUGGUCUAUCCCAUCGAGGAGCUCAAGUGUCUCGAUAAGACAUGGCACAAAACGUGUUUCAAAUGCACAGAAUGCGGCAUGACGCUCAAUAUGAAAACCUACAAGGGCUACAACAAAAUGCCCUACUGCGAGGCACACAUACCGAAGGCCAAGGCAACGGCCAUUGCCGAUACGCCCGAACUGAAGCGCAUCGCGGAGAAUACGAAAAUCCAGUCGAACGUUAAAUACCAUGCGGACUUUGAGAAGGCCAAAGGCAAAUUUACACAGGUGGCCGAUGACCCGGAAACGCUGCGGAUCAAGCAGAACACGAAGCACAUAUCGAAUGUGGCAUAUCACGGCGAUCUGGAGAAGAAGGCGGCCAUGGAGAAGCAGCGUGGAUCCGCCGAGGUCUCCGACAGCAGCAAUGAAUCGGAAUACUUCUCUGAGCAAUUGGCAGCUGAACAAUUCUCGCAAUAUGCACCCACAGCCUCACCCAUACCGCCAGCAGUGACAACACUACACCAGCAACAUCAGCAGCAACAACAGCAGCUGCAACAGCAGCAGCAGCAGCAGCAAUACCAGCAACAUCAGCAGCAACUGCAACAGCAGCAGCAGCAACACCAACACUAUCUGCAACAGCAGCAACAGACCCUGCCACCGCCACCCAUACAACAUCAGCAAUACAACACAGCGGCCAUAACGCCCACAUACCAACAGCUCCAACAACACCAGCAGCAUCAGCAGCAACAGCGAGCACAGCAGCAACUGCACGAUCCCUAUGCACACUACCAGCAACCGCAGGCACUGCGCCAGCAGCAACAGCAGCAGCUGCUGCAACAGCAAGCCAUUAAACAAGCCUCACAUCUGUAUCCCACAGCAACAUCCCAGCAGCAGCAACAGAUGCCGCCACCUCAAUCGAAUCCGGCGAAUCCGCAGCAGCAGGCGCUAAACAGCUACAAUGAGAUGCGCUCAGCCAUUCUCCAGAAUUCCCAUCACCCCAGCGGCAAUUCCGUGGAUCAGUACGACCAGCCACAGCAGCAACAUCAGCAGCACAACAGCAACCCCACUUUGGUGGCUGCCCCACAGCAGCAGCAACAGCAGCAGCAAUCGCAUCACAGCCUGCUGAACAACAAUCCCAGCAACGGCGGCAUUUCGCACAGCAACCACAACAACAUCAACAAUAAUGGGCAUGGCUCCCAGAGCCAAAUGUUGCCGCCACAAAUGAGGCGCUCGGCGGCCAGUGUCGCCUACGAUGGCAACGGCAAGCAGCAGCAGCAACAGGUGGCAGCAGGAGCAGGAGUUGCCCCGAAUCACCUGCAGCAGUUGUACGCCUCGCCCAAUUAUGCCGCCGUGACACCUUCGGAGAACUCUAUUAACGUCAAGCAGCACGCCAGCAAUGGCCAUGUGCCAAACCAACAGCAGCAGCAACAUGUGGCCGGCGGCAGCAAUAUCGGCAAGAUAGCGGACUACGAUCCGCUGACGGACGGGCCAAGGGUGGUGCCCAACGCGGGCCGGUCCAGCACCACUUUGGUCUACAGCUCGGAGCCGCGGGGCAUUCAAGGUGGCAACAGUGUGUACCCCAAGCGGAUUGGUUCCGUUUCCGACAUCGAUCCGGCCAACGGCAUCUAUGGUUCGCUGAGCGCCGCCGAGCAGGCCCAGCAGCAGCAGAAGCACCAGCAGUACUACCAACAGGUGCAGAUGAUGCAGCAGCAGGAACACCCGCCGCAGCAGCAGCAGCAGAUGCGCCAGCAGCCAUCCUACUCCUCCCUGCAGGAGAAGCAGUCGCGGCAGAGCUCUGCAUUGCGCGUCUAUCGGGCCAUCUACGACUACGAGGCGCAGGACGUCGACGAGGUCAGCUUCCGCGAGGGCGACGUCAUCUUCGAGGUGGAGUCCAUCGACUCCGGCUGGAUGACCGGGCGGGUGGAGCGCACCGGCAAGACCGGCAUGCUGCCCGCCAACUAUGUGGAGCAGGCGGUUAUAUAA